CGUUUUUUUGCAUUUCGCAUUUAACAACCACUCGCAUUUACUCCCUCUCUCUCACUCAUACAAAUUUACAGAUCGAGAGAGAGAUUAAGAGAAAGAACAGUGAACUUCUGUAAUUUAAUCUGCAGAAGAAAACUUCGGGAACCUAACAAUGGCGGUUUCUCAGACGCGGUUUUCUGCCGCUUCUUCUUCAUUGCUCUUGCUUCUUCUCAACAUCGUCUUCAUACGAUUCAGGUUUGUCGGAGCUGACGGAUCGCAGAGCUUCAAUUCUUCAUCAAUGGCGGACCGGUACAUUAAGAAUCAGCACGCCGUUGAUAAUCCAGAGGAAAUUGCAUCUAUGGUUGAUUUGAGCAUUCGAAACAGCACAGAGAGGAGGAAUUUGGGAUUCUUCUCUUGUGGAACAGGGAACCCAAUUGAUGAUUGUUGGCGCUGCGACCCCCGUUGGCAGCUGCGCCGUAAGCACCUUGCAGACUGCGGCAUUGGGUUCGGGAGAAACGCAGUCGGCGGCCGCGAUGGGCGAUACUACGUCGUUUCGGAUCCCGGCGACGACGACCCUGUCAACCCCAGACCCGGCACCCUCCGCCACGCUGUGAUUCAGGACAGGCCUCUGUGGAUUGUGUUCAAGAGGGACAUGGUGAUCACUCUGAAGCAAGAACUGAUCAUGAACAGCUUCAAGACAAUCGAUGCCCGUGGCGCCAAUGUCCACAUUGCUUAUGGGGCUUGCAUUACCAUCCAGUUCAUCACCAAUGUCAUCAUUCACGGUCUUCAUAUUCACGACUGCAAGCCCACGGGGAACGCCAUGGUGCGGAGCUCCCCGAGCCAUUAUGGGUGGAGGACAAUGGCCGACGGUGAUGGAAUUUCCAUUUUUGGAUCCAGCCACAUUUGGAUCGACCAUAAUUCUCUCUCUACCUGCGCUGAUGGGCUCAUUGAUGCUGUGAUGGGAUCCACUGCCAUUACAAUUUCAAACAACUACUUCACCCACCACAAUGAGGUGAUGCUGCUGGGUCACAGUGACUCUUAUGUUAGAGACAAGCAAAUGCAGGUGACCAUUGCUUAUAACCAUUUUGGUGAAGGUCUUAUUCAGAGAAUGCCAAGGUGUAGACAUGGGUAUUUCCAUGUAGUAAACAAUGACUACACUCAUUGGGUAAUGUAUGCCAUUGGUGGAAGUGCUGAUCCAACCAUUAAUAGCCAGGGCAACAGAUAUCUUGCCCCUGUCAACCCUUUUGCCAAAGAGGUCACGAAGCGGGUCGACACAUCUAACGGCGUGUGGAAGCAGUGGAAUUGGAGAUCAGAGGGAGAUCUUAUGCUAAAUGGAGCCUAUUUCACCCCAUCAGGAGCUGGUGCAGCAGCCAGUUAUGCCAGAGCCUCAAGCUUAGGAGCCAAAUCCUCUUCUUUGGUCGCCUCCAUUACUUCUGGCGCAGGUGCCCUUUCUUGUCGCAGGGGAUACCGCUGUUAAUUUCAAGCCACAGUUAAACAAAAUAUAAGAAAAAAGGAAAAAAAAGGAAUGAAGAAGAAACUCUAAAGAUUUAAAAGGAAGAAAAAUGCAAUUUACUCAUCUUUUUCUUCCCUAUUAUUGUUACAAUUAUAGCAUUAUCCCAACGAGUUCGAGCCAUCCAUUCUGUUUACAACCCACCUUUGUACUUGUCCCAAUCAAGAAUUGGAAACUGUACAUUUUUCUUCGGUUACAUAUCAAUGGCAAAUGUUGUAAUAUCCA